UUAGACGUACACAACCGGAAGUAUACGUGAUGGAAGAAGACCUCCAAAGAAAAAGAGGAGAUAUGACUGAAAAUGAAGGCCUAUUAGAUGGUUCAGGAGAUCACAGUGUUAAUGAUCCACAACCUUCAGGCAUUGAUAGUUUAACAGACAGCACAGCCAUAACAGAAAGUACAGUCAUCAUUGAAGGACCUGAUGUGUCUGAUGAUGAAGCAGGUAACUAUGACUACAGUGAUGAUUUUGAAGAUGAUGAUGGAGAAGAUGGCAGUAAUGAUGGAGAGGAAACAGACAUUGAAGAUAAUUUAGAACCACAAUUUACAGUGUGCCAAAAGGCUGACCCAGAUCUUCCAUCCACAGUCACUGUAUUAGAUACUGGUUGGGGCAGUAAAGUAUUUCUUAUAGGAACUGCUCAUUUUAGUGAGGAAAGCCAAAAUGAUGUAUCAAAAGUGAUACAGAGAGUCCAACCAAAUGUAGUUAUGGUAGAAUUAUGUAACAGUAGAGUUAAUAUAUUACAUUUAGAUGAAGAAACUUUGUUAGAAGAAGCCAAAAACAUUAACUUUGAAAAAAUCAGAUUAUCCAUACAGCAGAGUGGAUUAGUUCAAGGAGUAAUGCAUUUGUUACUGCUAAGCAUGUCUGCUCAUUUAACCAAAGAACUGGGAAUGGCUCCUGGUGGAGAAUUUAGAAGAGCUUUUAAUGAAGCUAAAUUGAUCCCAGGUUGUAGAUUAUAUUUAGGAGACAGACCAAUACAGAUUACUCUUAAAAGGGCAUUAGCUUCACUAUCAGUGUGGCAGAAAUUGAGAUUAGCAUGGUAUCUUAUCACAUCCAAAGAUCCAAUCAGUAAAGAAGAAGUAGAGAAAUGUAAGCAGAAAGAUCUGUUAGAACAAAUGUUGAAAGAAAUGACAGGGGAAUUCCCUGCCUUGUCAGAAGUUUUUGUUUCAGAAAGAGAUGUAUUUUUGACCCACUCUCUAAAAAAUGCCGCUUUGCCUUUGAGAUCUACAGAAGAACCACAUGAGUUACAGCCAACAACAGUUGUAGGGGUAGUUGGAAUAGGACAUAUGCCUGGUAUUAUCCAAAACUGGCCGAAAGAAAAACAUGAUCUUAGAGAAAUUACUAGCAUACCAAAAGGAUCUAUUGUAGGAAAACUUUUUGUUUGGAGCUUCAGAUUGACUUUUAUAGGAGUUUUAUCUUAUGGGUGCUACAAAGUGUAUAAGUGGACAUUUCCGUAUUUAUAUCUAAGUCUUAGUAAAUAAAUAUUUUAAACUGCAUGAAGAUAUAUCAAUAUUAAAAACCAAGGAUGAUGAACAUGAUGAUAUGUACAGUGGAAGUUUUUGUGGCUUAUGGUCAUAUGAAUCCUACAUUUUAGUUUGUCUUUUAUAGAUAGUUAAAAAUCUAUCUAGAACUGGUAAUUUGAAAAUAAUCUGUGCUUUCACGGAUCAAUAAUGAAAGAAGAAAUACCUAUCUUAUUGAUUAAAAGAUAUGUGGAAUAAUCAGUAAUGAGACUACUUUAUAAGAACUUAAACAGACAAAACUAAAACUAAUGGUUAAUAGGAUUUUUUUUUAAUCAAUGGAAAACAAUCUUAUAUAGGAUAAACAUAGGAACUCAUUGACAAUAAUAUAAUGUAGAAAAAUCCAAAAAUUGGAAGUGAAAUAGUGUUAACCUUAUCCAUAGGUCCCUCCACUUUUGUUGGGGUCUUCUUAAUGAGCUAUUUCUAAAUAACACACAAUGACAUACCAAUGAUAUCUCAGCAUAUUAUGCAGUUCCAAACAUAUGCUUUAAACUAAGGAUAAUUGAACAUACAUGUUAUACUUGAGUGAUUUUUAUAAAAAAAAAAUCUUGUUUAGGUUUUAUUCUCAAAUAAUUUCAUUACCUCUUAUAUUUAAUUCAGUAUUAUGGAAUAUUUAGAGGCAUUGUCAACUACAUAUUUUUAUUAAAGGGCAUAUGAUACAGAGAAAAACUAUCAGUUACUGGCCAAGGGGAGGUAAUGAUGUUGCUAAUGUAAAAUGUUACUUUUAUGGAUGUUUAACUGCAACAUAUCGUUAGAACAAAUGCAUUUUCAACUGAUUCUUAAAAUCUUCUUCAGAAGAACACAUUUACCCCUUUUUAAACUGACAUUUGACUUGAAACUGUAUUAAGAUUAUUUGUUCCAAUUUUUAUGAAAAAAAUCAUCAAUGCAUAUUUUUUUAUAAUAGGUAAAUAUGAAACAAACAAAAAAAGCUGUAUUUUCCUCCUACAAUCUUGGGAAAUUUAACUAAAUUGAUAUAUAUUAACAAAGAAAAGUUACAUAAAUUAGAAGCAUUAUUUUGUCAAGAGGUUAUUUCUCUUUUUUUUUUUACAUAAGUAAGCAUGUUUUAUCUUUUGAAAUAAAAAAAAAGUUUAGUAUGUCUGUCCAAAGGAUAGAAAUGGUCAAGAAACCAAAAUUUUAAGUAAAUGUCUAAAUUUCAACCCCAUUUAUCUCUAACUGUAACACAUGAAGGUAUAUUUUUCUAUAACAAUUGACUAAGCGAAGAAUUAGCUUAUAUGCAAAUUUCUUAUGAAAUUAACCAUGGGAUCAAAACUGUAUUGUAUAGGUGCAUUGCUAAGAAAUUUAUGUUACUGACAUUUCCCUGAUCUUUAAAUAGGGUAUGAUAAAUGUACCUAGCUGUAUGAAAUAUUCUUGAUAUAUUUAGGCAUUUACAGUAAUUAUCAUUUUUGGAAUAAAAGAUCUUUUAUUUGCAUACCCCUUAUGAGGUACACAUAUACUUGUUCUUUGCAACUGAAAUAUUAUUGUACAUGUACUAUAGAAUAAGUUGAAUUUGAUAUAUAUAUGUUAUGCAUUAGUUACUUUGUUUAAGUUUUUGCAUUAAAAUAAAUAUCACUAGAACCUUUCGUGGUAGUUAGUUUUAAAAUAAAAUUGGAGGAAUAUACAUGUAUGCUUCUCUUUGUAAGUGAUCUGCAAAUCUAUUGCAUAAUAUGAAUGGACUUUCACAUUUUUGAACUGUGUAAAGUGAGUGUAUUAUCUCCAAAUGUUUUAUAAAUGUAAAAUAGUGCAGUUGUUUAUUAGGCUUUUUUUCUUUGCUUUUUGGAUAUUAUCUCUUUUUUUUCUUUGCUUUGGAUAUUAUCUCUUCAAGGGUAAAAAUAAAACGACUGCAAAAGGAUCAGUCUAAUGAUGCCAAAAUUGUUGAUAUGUGGUGACACAAAGAUAAACAUAAUUAGUUCUGUAUUAAUUUAUCUCCAAAUAUAAAGGAAUUUAAACCCUUAUGUCACUUUAAUAAGCUCUUGUUUACCUAAAGCAAAUGUGAUUUAUAUUUAUAGGGGACUAGUAAAUAGCUUUAAAUAAAUUACAGCAACAAUCUUAACAAAUUGACUAAGAAAUGGCAAAGAUAUUAUAAUGAGCUGAUUUUAUAUGUUUUGUGGCUUUUUUCGAAAUUUAAAUAUUUUAGUCUUAAAAAUGUGCACUUCCACUUAAUGAUGAUAAACUGCUUAACUUCUAGUCACAGUACUAUAUACUGAAAUAAGAUGACAAUCUUGAAUUGUGCUAUAGCUUUUUAUAUUUGCACCAUUAUAUUAUUUAGCCAAGUGCUUAAAUUGCAUCAUUGGUUUCAAAGGGAAUAAGCAUAUUUUUGUUUUCAUUUAGACCAUUCAUUACUAAGUUUAAAAAAAUAUAUCGUGUCAUGUAACUUGAGAAGAUGUAAACCAAUAUUGUGUUAACAUGCCACAUGUAGACAUUCAAUAUUCAAUUUGUCAGAGUUUUUGAUAUAUUAGUAAUGGAAAAAAAAUGUACGAUUUAGCCUCUUAGAAGACUGGGCUUAAAAGAAUAUUCAAAAUUGUUAAAACAAUAUUUUGAGUUUUAAUCUUUUUGUCUUUGAAUCUAUUUUUUUUGUUUAAUCUUUAGUUAUAACCAAUUAUUAAUCAUUAAUAGAUUUGUAAGGCAACUUCAUACAACUUCUGAUAUAAAGUUGAAAUAAUAAUGCUUAAAAAUUAGCUCUAUUUAGUAUUAUAGGUCUAAAUUGAAUAGCCCUUACAAUGUUAAAUACAUGCCCUGUAAAUACAAAGAACAUAGAAUCAAACAAUGCUUUUGGGGUAUAAAAUGUCACAGAAGUACAUUAAUUGUCAGGAAUAUGACUGUGCAUUAUUUAUAAUUAAAUUUUUUUAAGCAUAUUGUUUGAUAUUUGUUCUUUUGUAAGCUUGACUCCCAAGUAAAUCCCAACAUUGAAUAUUUAGCACAAUUAAAUUUGUGUGAUUUUGUAAAUAAAUUGCCUAAAGAUUGUCUAAUGAUAUUGUAAGUACAUAGAUUAUAAAAACAUUAAGGAAGAUAGAACUUCUCCUAACUUUCGUUUUAAUAGGGAGAAGGAUAAUUAUGAAUGCAACUUAUUUGAGAAACUGCUGAUUGAGGGACCACUAUAACUCAUAAAUUUAGGAAAAACUGUCAAUAAAAAUUAUAACAUUGUCACACGGAUAUUGGAAUUAUGACUCUAGUCAAAAUAGUUAUUUAUGAUAUAAAGUUUUUAGGCUUGUUAAGCAGAGACGAGCUGAAUUGUAUUUGCCAUGUAUCACACUUUGCACUCUAUAAGUUAAAAAAAAGAGCAAAAGUUUGGGGUGUUUUUUUAUGGUAUGUACAUAAAUUGGUGAUUGCUUUGAGGCAUGAAUAUGUUGUUACUUUUACAAACAUUUUUAAACUUAUAUUUUCUUUGUUGAAUUUGCUUUAAUGCUUGGAAAGACAAACCUUUCAUGCUUUCAAUUGCAAGUAAAUAAAAAAAACCUUUAUGUCCAGACUUAUAUUAUCUGCCAAAACCUGAAGAGAAUGAGCAACAUAAAUGUAUGCCUGAAAUUUC